AAUUAGCCACUUAUUUCAACUUAUUUAUCAGUGUGCAUGAUGUUCACUAGCAAACAAAAAGUACCUCUUGUUAGGAAACUUCUCAAUCAUGGCCCAUUUUAUAUGAGCAUUAUAUGAGCAACACUUCUAUAAAUUAUGUUUGGACCCAUGAAACGUUGAUGGAUUUCUCACCGGAAUGUUUGGCCCGGUGCGUAGGUUGUUGGGACAGCUUGACAACACGGACCUAUCACGAUUCCUUUGAUGUCUUUACAAUGUUUGUCCAGUUGCUUAGCGCAUGGUGCUCCUUCAUAAAAGUUUCAGACACUGGACAACCAUGGGGGCGGUCAGAGGGGCUGCCCUACCUCUAGUCACACCAAUAUUGCGUCUCUCUAUCUCUUUGUGUAGUGAGUUGACUCCGCACGCCUUGGAAGUCAGUAUAGAUAAUACCUAUGAUUUUGUGCAGUUCUUGUUGAAUUCUAACGGUUUUGCGAUUUUAUUAAACCAGAGAGUGGUUCCACAGAUCUUAUUUUUUCCCUCUUAUUCGAGGCUACUUGUUGAAUCAAUGUCCAGCGCACAGGGAGAUAUUUUUGUUGGACAAUGGUUUAUUCAUCUGAAAUUUGAGAACGGUUUCUCUUGCACCGCGAGCAACAAAUUGGCACUUGUACACAGAUUGGUUACGCACAAACUGGAUGGCUGCAUUUGAACAGAAUGUACGUAUUUUCUUGAGGGGCUGCACGGAAGUUAUUGAACUUGUUGAUGGAUGACUUUCAUGAAACGUUCCUUUAAAAUGAAUAGAACAUCCCUCAGCCGUCGAGGGGUUGGAGGUGGAAAGAACGUGGACAAGCACCAGCCAAAAGCACUUACAUACCCAAAAGGACUCUUAUCAGGACGCGUUGGUUGGUCCUCUCUUGUGUUUUUGGUUUGCCUCUGCACAUUCCCACAACAGACGUGGAGUGCAAGUCUAGCUGGUUCCAAAGUGGAACAUCCAGGAGUUUGUCCCAACAAGCUGAAUGCCAACCUCUGGGUUGAUGCACAAAGCACCUGCGAACGGGAAUGUGAAGUUGACCAGGACUGUGCUGGCUUUGAGAAGUGCUGCACCAACGUGUGUGGACUUUUCAGCUGUGUGGCCGCCCGUUUCUCUGAUGGCACCCCUGCUCAGCCGGAUGGCCAGGGCGGAGGAGGGAAGGGCUCCGGGGGCCAGGGUUCCAUCGCCACCUGCCAGGGCUUCAUCUGCAGUCAACAGGGGGCCACCUGCGACAUCUGGGAGGGCCAGCCCAUCUGCAAGUGCCAGGACCACUGCGAGAAGGAGCCCAGCUUUACCUGUGCCUCCGACGGACUCACCUACUUCAACAAGUGUUACAUGGACGCUGAGGCCUGUACACGGGGUGUGACACUAACCGUGGUGACCUGCCGGUUUCAUCUAUCCGGGCCUCAAACAAGUCCACUCCCCCAGGACACAACAGCGAACCCCACGCUGACAUCCUCCCUGGAGGACCCCAUUCCCCCAACGCUCUUCUCCAACCCCAGCCACCAGUCGGUCUACAUAGGCGGCACGGUGAGCUUCCACUGCGACGUGAUGGGUGUCCCACGGCCUGUCGUGACCUGGGAGAAGCAGAGUGAGCGCCACGAGAGCCUGGUAAUGCGGCCCGACCGGAUGUAUGGCAACGUGGUCAUCACAAACAUCGGCCAGCUAGUCGUCUACAACGCCCAGGUGUGGGACACGGGCAUCUACACUUGCGUUGCCCGAAAUGCCGCCGGGGUCCUCCGCGCUGACUACCCUCUCUCCGUCAUCCGUCGGGCCGAGGAAGACGUCUUCUCCGAGGAACCCGAGAUGGCAGGCAUGCCCAUGGGGCUACCGUUCUCGCCCGCUGACUGCCUGGCGGAGGUGGACCGGCGGGAGUGCUCCACCGAGCGCCACGUUGACUGGUACUAUGAUGCCGAGCAAGGCACCUGCCUGGCCUUCUCCAACGGGGGCUGCGAUGACAGCCGCAACCGCUUCGAGACCUACGAGGAGUGCCGGGCAUCCUGCCAGAGGGAGGGGAUGGGGAUCUGUUCCUUACCCGCGGUCCAGGGCCCCUGCAAGAGCUGGGAGGCCCACUGGGCCUGGAACUCCCUCUUGAAACAAUGCCAGGCCUUCGCUUACGGCGGUUGCCAGGGCAACGACAACCGCUUCCGAUCCAAGAAGGAGUGCGAGGCCAACUGCCCGCAGUCCAAACGACGAGCCUGCAAAACAUGCCGGGUCAAAGGUAAAAUCGUCCCGAGCCUGUGCCGGAGCGAUUUCGCCAUCGUCGGUCGAUUGACGGAACUGAUCGAGGACCUUGAUUCUGGGAUCGCCCGGUUCAGUCUAGAAAAGAUCCUCCGCGACGAGAAGAUGGGCUUGGCGUUCUUUAACACCCAGCACCUGGAGGUGACCCUGGCUAAGAUGGACUGGAGCUGCCCCUGCCCCAACAUCACCAUGGAGGAGGGCCCCCUAUUGGUCAUGGGGGAGGUGCAGGACGGCAUGGCCGUGAUACAGCCCGACAGCUAUGUCAGACCCAUCUCUGAUAAGAGGCUGAAGAGGAUUCAUGAAGUCUUGGAGAAGAGGACCUGUGAGAUGCUGCAGAGGUUCCGGGACUAGGGGCUCUAUUCAAUUCGUAUCGCGGAAGUUCAGCGUUACAGUGCGAUUGAAAUUUAAAGGCAAUGUUCUCGCAUUAGCAGACUGCAU